ACUUGGUCUCAUUAACCACAAAGUCCACACAGUGAGACACACACGUAUCCUCUGUACAGUCUCAGUGUUCAGCUUCAUCAUGGCCGGGCAUCUGCUGUUUGUUUUCUUCAUGUAUGUCUUUAAUGGGAUUCAAACAGAAGCUCGUCUUCCACCUAAACUUACAGUGAAUUCAGCAGUGAUCAAAGAGACAGACUCAGUCACACUGAACUGUCAGACUCCAUCAUCAGUGUCUGUGUCUCAGUGUUAUUACCAAACUUUAAGUGGAGAAACUGUGAGGAUAUUUUCCUGUCUGCAGACACUGACAGGAAGUGAGCUGCUGAGGAUGGAUCAUCAGAGUUCAUCUGCUGAGGUCAAAGUGAAAUGUUUUUACACUGUUAAGAGUGGAGGCAGAAAUGUUCCAUCUCCACACAGUGACACAGUCUCCAUCAGCAUACAAACUCUUCCUCAACCUGACCUGAUGGUGAAUUCAGCGGUGAUCAAAGAGACAGACUCAGUCACACUGAACUGUCAGACUCCAUCAUCUGUGUCUCAGUGUCAGUACUUCACUUUAAGUGGAAGAACUGUGAGGACAUUUUCCUGUCUGCAGACACUGACAGGAAGUGAGCUGCUGAAGAUGGCUCAUCAGAGUUCACCUGCUGAGGUCAAAGUGAAAUGUUUUUAUACUGUUCAGAUUGGAGACAGAAAUACUCCAUCUCCACACAGUGACACAGUCUCCAUCAGCAUACAAACUCUUCCUCAACCUGACCUGAUGGUGGAUCCAGCAGUCAUCACAGAGACAGACUCAGUCACACUGAAGUGUCAGACUCCAUCAUCUGUGUCUCAGUGUCAGUACUUCACUUUAAUUGGAAGAACUGUGAGGACAUUUUCCUGUCUGCAGACACUGACAGGAAGUGAGCUGCUGAAGAUGGAUCAUCAGAGUUCACCUGCUGAGGUCAAAGUGAAAUGUUUUUACACUGUUCAGAAUGGAGACAGAAAUGCUCGAUCUCCAGAAAGUGAAUAUUCCUCUGUCUCUGUUCAAAGUGAGACAAACUCAAACAAGGAGAGUCUCAGCACUUUGACAACCUCAGUUUCUAUUGUAACUUCACCUGCUGAUCAAGGUAUUGUAGAGAAAGAGUCCAGAUGGACCCAGAGGACGCCAUCACUCAUCACAACCACAGGUCUGCCUACAAGUAGCUCUAGUGCCUCCACUAUUGUGAGACCUUUGAAAAAAACAUCAGGUUGGACUGUUGGCACAGCAAGUAACAAUGAUAGUCCCAACUUUGCCCACUCAACAUCAGUGAAACCAGAAUCAGGUCCGACUGUAAGUCCUCCGGAUACUAAAGAAUUGUGGAAUUGGACGUUUGUCUGGGUUUUCGCUGGAUGUGGAUCUACUGUGGUCAUCACAGUGAUUGUUAAUGUUAUUCUCUGGAAGAAAAGAAGAGCUGGUAUUGUAAAGAAAGAGUCCAGAAGGACCCAGAGAAUGCCAUCACUCAUCACAACCACAGUCACAGGUUCUGAGGGAAUGGAAAGGAGUGAGUCUCGGAAAAGCAACCGGUCUUUGUACCAUAUUUACUCUACCAUCUAUGAGGGUCAGACUGCAGCAGCCAGCAAAGACAUGAUCUACAGCAAGCUGCAGGCACACUGACAUGCUAACAGUUUAAAAGUGUGUUCAAGAAGAGAAGAAGUUGACUGAUGUGAUAUAGAACCAGAGGUACCCAUCACGAACCAGACAGCAGCUGUCAUAUUUCUGAUGGAUCGGUGGGGUGGGGGCGGAUUGUACACCAUCUUCUACUAAUGUCACAUUGAGAUAUAUGAAGUACAGUAAAAGCAUAAUGAAACCCAAACGACUGUAGAAAACUCUCAAAAAAUCUAAACUUAACUCGCCAUCAGUGUGAACCAGUAUAUAUUAUAUAUAUAUUUAAAAAAACGUGUUGAUGUGAUCUGUUUCUUCAUGUUCUCUCCUCACUAGCAUGCGCAGCUUUGACCCACACGUGACCUUAUCAGUAAAAUGUUUGUAUCUUCAUAUUUAAACGUUUACUGAAUCAAAUUCAGAAGACAAAAAAAGCCUUUUGAUGAAGUCAAAGGAGUUCCUUUAUGGCAAUUACAUCCACCCCUCUUUCUACCCACUGGGUGUGACCGGCCCCGGUGAGAACCAACCCAAGGCCCGGUAACGGCCCGAGGCCCGAUGGUUGGGGACCCCUGAUGUAGAGUAAUCCUGAGCUUCUGUUAUGUCUUCUUCUCAAAUCAACCAAUAUGUAAAAUGAAACCAAAGUUUUCCAAUGUCUUACAGUCAGAAUAUCAAGUUCAAUCCUGCUUUUUACACAAGUGUUUGAUUGAAGGUGAAGACAAUAUUUUUGGAUAUACUCUGUCUCAGACUUGUUGUUUGCUUACUUCUUUACAAACACUGUAUGCUACAGACCCAAUGCAAAAUAUUUGAAUCUUUGUAUAUUUUAAAUAAAACUGAAUUAAUGUGU